CAAGAAACACGCGUUGCGGGUGUAGAGGGCCAAGGGACGCUUGAGUGAAAGGAAAAGACUUUUCGAAUCACCCACCAAAGAAAGAUUCUACUACUGCAGCGCAGCGCUUCGAAAUUUUCUCUUUCUCUUCAUCAACUGAGACAUCAUCGAAGAAACGUUUAUCAAGGCCUUCCCCUUCUACUGCGUGCAGAGUGAAAAUAUUCUUCUUCGUCCACGUUUUUCCAGCCACCUUCAGCCGUUCCUUGCUUUUUCGGCGCGCGGGUCUUAUCAAGUCUCGUCUCGCAUUUUCACGGACCCGGCAAACAAACAACUUCGUCGUCGUACCUUCACACCUUGCUGGCCACCGAUUCGUACCACCUCAUAAACACCACAGAGGGUGCACCCUCAAUCUCUCGUCUUGUCGCACUUAUACGCAUCGGUACGGACCUGUCCUACACGGCGAGCUGCUGCGACAAUGGCCAUCUUCUCAACACCCACGUCCUUCCGGCUCAAUGCCAUAGUUGCGGGCAACGAGGCUGCUCCAUCCAUCGCCACCCGUUCGUUCAAACUGUUUUCCAACAUUGCUGCGAGGGGAAAUGGCCACGAUUCGCAUCCGCCGUUGGGACAUCUGAUCCUGUUGGUCUUCGAGGCCGUGAUGGAAGUUGUCUGUGUCAGUCUGCCAGGUUAUAUCGUUGCGAGGCAGGGAAUGUUCGAUGCGGACAAUCAGAAGUUUGUGGCCAAUUUGAAUGUGGCUCUCUUCACGCCAUGUCUGAUUUUCACGAAAUUGGCGUCGCAAUUGACGGCGGAUAAGUUGCUGGAGCUGGCCGUCAUUCCAGUCAUCUUCGUUAUUCAGACUAUGGUGUCAUACUUGGUUUCGAUAGGGGUUUCUAGAGCUUUUGGGUUCGGCAAGAGACCUGCAAAUUUUGUGACUGCUAUGGGAGUUUUCGGAAACUCGAAUUCGCUGCCCAUUUCACUUGUUAUUUCACUCUCGCAGACAAUCAGCGGAUUACACUGGGACAAUAUUCCAGGAGACAAUGAUGACGAGGUGGCAGCAAGAGGAAUCUUGUACUUAUUGAUCUUCCAACAGCUUGGACAACUUGUACGAUGGAGCUGGGGUUACCAUGUUCUUUUGGCGCCUCCAGAGAAGUACGAGAAUGAGAGUGACGGUACCGACAUCGAAGGAGGAAGAUACCGAGACAACCCAGAAUUGAUUCCUGGUCUAGAUGGAGAGCAAGGAGAAUAUGAGCGAGUAAAUGGAAAUGGGGCAGCUUCAUCAAAUUCUUUUGAGUCUGGUGGUAGGACCCCUAUUACUAGUGCUCAGUAUGCAGGCUCAGUGGAUUCAGACGAAGAAGAACCAAGAAAGAUCCCAGAUCUAUUACCUACGCCUGCGAACGGAAAUGUUUUCCCCAGCGAUCGAUCGAAUGGCAAUAUCACCUCCUUCCCAAGCAUUCGCACACCUUCUGCAGCUGAUGAAUGGGAUAUCCCAGAGGGUUACAAGGGCAUCAUUCCUAUGAUCAAGCUGAAGACUAGACGUGGGGUCCGUUUUGUCAGUCAGAAGGUUGAGAGAACCUCACAAAAAGCUUUCCACUCUCUGCCAAGCCCUUGCCAAACAGUUCUCAGCAAGAUUACAGCCGCCCUCGGUCGAUUCUUUGCUGGUCUUUGGGAAUUCAUGAACCCACCUCUUUGGGCCAUGUUGAUCGCCAUUGUCGUCGCCUCGAUCCCGAAACUCCAGCACCUCUUCUUUGCAGAUGGUUCCUUCAUUGCUAACUCUGUGACGCGAGCCGUCAUCCAAUCUGGUGGAGUUGCCGUCCCACUGAUCCUAGUUGUAUUAGGAGCAAAUCUAGCUCGCAAUACCUUACCUCAAGAAUCUCUCGAUGAGAACUCGGAAGAGAACCAGAUCGGCACGAAACUUCUGGUCGCCUCUCUCAUCUCACGAAUGCUUCUUCCAACCCUCAUCAUGGCACCUCUUCUCGCACUCAUUGCAAAAUACGUUCCAGUCAGCAUUGUCGACGACCCAAUCUUCGUCAUCGUUUGCUUCUUACUCACCGGUGCACCAAGUGCUUUGCAAUUAGCGCAGAUCUGCCAGAUCAAUGGUGUGUACGAGGGAGUCAUGAGUAAAUUGCUUUUCCAAAGCUAUGUUAUUUGGAUCCUCCCCUCAACACUCAUCCUCGUCAUGUGCGCCCUAGAAGUCGUCGAGUGGGCCCAAGCAGUCUAAUUCAUGCAAAGUAGUUAGAAAACAUCGAUUUUCGUUUGUCAAGUACAUAGGGUGGUAAUCUUGUAUCGAUACUGGAUAAGAAGGGGGUCAUAAAUGCACACAAUAGCAAGGCGGGCAAAGCAUCAUACAGCAUGGCGUUUUGGGGCAACUUGGACUGGCGUGGCUGGAAUGGACUUGUGAGAUAGUACGGACACACACACGAAGGGGAGAAAUUGUGCAU